AGGAGAGUUCUUCUGGCUGCGAAUUACUGCUGCAGUGGAGAGCAUUUCCCCACACUCAUGCUGACAAGCGAAGAUGGUACAAACUUCAGCCACUUCAUCUGUUGAAGUUUGGAAAGUUUAACCAAACAGUUGUGCAUAUAUUGUAACUGGCCGGAGUGACUGGUAUGAAGUUUGUUUCAGCUGCCCAGUGGCAGUGAAUAUCGCAAGAGUAACCUGCUCCAUUUUCAUCUGGGACAAAAUAAGGAGUACAAAAGAACUCAAAUGAAUCUAGAUGUGGACUUUACUCCUUCCCUUUUGCAUAAACCAGCCAGAUGAACACACACACAACAGCCCAUAAAGCCAAGAUAAGGCGUCUUUGCUUCCUUCUUGCACUCUGCUUGCCAUGGGCCUGUGGUGAAGUGCCAGGGCCAUGUAAGCACUCCGUGACCGAAGACCACCUGCUCACUCUGAGACGUCUGAUUGGGAACCAGCUCCAAAAUGGCUGCUCUAUAACAUAUAGCUUCACUGAACGCCAGAAUUUGAGUGAAGCCUGUUUCAUUAAAGCAGCAUUCCCUCACAUUCUGGAGCUUCUGAACACACACUUAAGAUAUGGAAGAGAGUCUGACAACUAUCGCUACACUAACUUGCUGAAGAACUUAAUCUACAACAUUUAUUCCCAGAAAUGCAUUCCUCAAAUCAAUGAGGAAAUUGAGAACGAUCCAGUGAGGUUUGCAAGAGUCCACACGACCUUGCCCAGUGUAGGGCUGGAGAAAGCAGAGCAGGUCAUCAAGAUGUACAAGAACCUUGUUGCUAAGAAUGACAGCCCUGUGGAGUGGAACUGUGGGGAUGAAUAUGCAGAUUACCCAGAACCCACCACUGCAUUUUCCACUCAAAGAUCGGCAACAGCUGUAUCUCCACCGAGGCCCUCACUGGUACCUGCGUGGUGGGGCCACCCAGGAAGAUCUAGUACACCUGAACCUGUGGUCAGAUACGGUGCAUCAAAUUUACCUGAGAACCAUCGUGCACUUACUUCUCCAAAUCCUAAUCCGUCCGAUGUGACGCGCACAGCAUCCAAACUCUUUAAAGAAGAACCUUAUAGUUCCAGGAGUGAGGAUUCUUCAAAUGCCAUCUUUUCCACUAUACAAUAUUCGACAGAAAACACCUCCAAUUCCCUUUUAGAAUUGGAGAAUGUACCAAUGUCAGCCAUUUCCGUUCGCAAUUCACCCUUUACUGAGUUACCAAGAAUACAGCAAAGAAGAACUGAUGUGCUUCUCCAAACAACAACAUCUCAGUUCUCUCAUCAAACCACCAGGCAUCUCCAGUCAGAUAGGAGCACAGUACUUGUACGGGCCAAGAGAUCUUUAGAUACCAGAACCCAUGGAACACUGCCUAAUUUCUUCUCUGCAUUGCUGCAGAUUUGGACUAAGUCAGACCUUGCAGACAUUCACAGGAAAGAGCCCCUCCGAGACAUCACUACUUGAGUGUUGUUACUGUUACACAUUUCCAGACACAUCACAUGGUGACAUCCCUGCCAAGGAAUGUAAUUAAAACCACCAGUAAGGCAACAAAUUAUUAAAAGUACAUUACUUUUUUUUUUCUUUUUUUCUCUUUCUUUUUGUGUCUUAUGUAUAUUUGGAAGGGGGUCUGUCAGAACAACAAACAGCACCUUCACAGAACAAAAGAAAGAGAAACACAAAGGUAUUUAUUUUAAAAAUGUACACGCGUAUUUAAACCAUUCAGCCUGAAGCGUUUGGGGUUGCCUGUGGUGUAGUAUGACACUUCUCAGUAUUUUGAUGUCUUUUAUUGUUGAAACAUCCACUACUACGAUGCAGAGUCAUAGAACUGUGUCGGUAAUCGGUAAUCUGUUGGGUUGCAACAAACAUAUUUCAGUCUGAAGCCUCUUUCCUUAAAUGUUAAACUGAAACAUUCAUUUCUCUUCCCCUACCACUCACAACGUCACGCUUAAAAUGCACGCCUAAUCAAUGAAACUGAUGUUUCAUUUUCAUUUGCGCCAUGAGCUUUGUUUUUCUUUAUUUUUCUUUACUACGUAUUAACAAUGUUAUUUGGUUUAUAGAAUGUUCAUCUUUCUGUUAAGAUCUGAUGAAUAUAAGGCCCAGGUGAAAUCAAAGUGACAUUGUAGCAUUCGUGAGUAUACGGUACAGCAGCCUUGCAUGGAGUAUUCUGUCAAAUAUAGAGCAACUGCUGUAUGUAAAAGAAGCCAUUUAGACCAGAGCUGGAUACUAUUAGGUAAUUAAGUAACAGAUAAUAGGCAGUAUGAUCAUUUGGAAAUGCAAAGAAAAAUAUUGUAACAAAGUUGUACUAUUAUGAAGAAACAGUGGGUACAUAUAUUUUUUUAUAAAAUGAGAUAACAAAGAGGAAUAAAUUGUUUUGUCAUUAAACAAUACAUUCACAUUAAAAACCAUAAUUCUUUUUAAAAAGCAA